AUGAAGCUCGCUGGUGCUCUGGUGCUGCUCGGGGCUGCCCUGCUCCUCACUUCAGGGGGAGACUGUGGCAUUUGCCCAGUUAUAGAAAAGGAUGUUGGCCUAUUUCUGUUCGGGACCCCGGAAGAGUAUGUUGACUAUGUGGCAGAAUACGAAGAUGACCCUGAAGUAUUGGAAAGUACUGAAAGCAUCAAGCAAUGUGUCGAUAGCACCUUGACAGACGAAGACAAGCAAAACGCAGCUGCUGUCAUCGAAAAAGUAAAAGCCAACCCCUUGUGUUGA